AUGGAGUGGGAGCUUAACUUUCUGCUCUACCUGGCGCUCUUCUUCUUCUUGCUCUUCUUACUUUUCCUCCUGCUCUUCGUGGUCAUCAAGCAGCUGAAGAACUCCGUGGCCAGCACGGCCGGGGCGCUGCAGCCCGGGCGUCUCUCCGUGCACCGGGAGCCCUGGGGCUUCUCCCGCGAGCAAGCGGUGUGACCCGUAAGGCGCGAGCGCCCGCGGGAGGGCGCGGAGCUGCGCGGGCGCCGGCCUGGCUCUCAGCCUCGACUCCCCGACCGCCAGGUCCCAGGGCCAGGCCAGGUUUUAAACUCCGGCAGUUUCAUCUUUCAGACGCUUUUUCUUCAAUUUAUGUCGUCUCGAGUUCUGGAGUCGAGCUGUUGCCCUGGGUUGGUGCACUGAAGGCCGCCACUGCAGUUACAGCCGGCAAGGAGCGCCCCUGCCCAGAGAGGACCCCAACCACCCGAGUUGGACAUUUUCUGUAAUGGUUCCAAGAUGGUUGCUGCAGCUCCCCCAAGAAGUUGAAGGAAACUGAAAGGGGAAACAGGGCGCAUCAUUUUGAUUCUGCUUCCUCUUAAAGAACUUUCUCAGAAGCCUAACAACUUUUACUUACAUAUCAUUGGCUAGACUGUCAUAUCUGCAAGGUUGCAUGAGAACUGUCAUUUUUGUAGCUGGACAUAUGACUGCCUUCGACAAAAAAAUCUGAGGAGAUCUAAGGAAAAAAGAUUGAUGGUGGAUCUUUGGGGGAACAAACUAGCAAUCUGUGCCCUGACUACAAAAUACAGUUUUAAAGGAACAUGAUGAUUGAAAGAGAACAAAAUUGUAACUCAUUCACAAUUAAUAGUACUCCAAGCAACACUGCUCUGCUCAGAGAGUGAGCAGAGUGAAGACAUCCUAGGUUGUUUUCUUGAAACACCUGCCAGGACUGGCUUUCCCAGCCAGCCAGUAUGGUUGCCCCACAUCAGGAUUUCCUAGAAGAGGACCCUGGGAACCUGUACACUUCCUUGAAGGACAUAAUCUAUAGAAGUUUGGAAUGGGAGAAAGAAUGCGCUACCUUGCUGCUUUCCCAUCUGCCUCAUGUAUCUCUAAUUUUCCUUACAGAUUUUUGGUAGCGUCUAGUUUGUGUUUGAUCCCUGGAAAGGGAUCAUCCCUUUCAUACAUAGGAGAAGUUAAUCUGUGUAAAGAAAGGCUACUUUACUCCCUUCUGUGACUCCACCACCCAUCUAGGAAUAUCCUGGGAGAAGAAUUGCUUCUCAAAGCUGAUUCCAUAAUCAGCCUACAUCCUGCCUAAGCAAAGGGAGAAGAAACACUUCCCACAUCCCAAGGCUGUCCAAAAGAACUUUCUGUGAUGACAGAAAUGUUCUAUAUUUUCACUGUCCAAUAUGGUAGCCACUAGCCAUGUGUGUCUAGUGAAUGCUUGAAAUGUGGCUAGUGUGACCGAGGAAGUAAACUUUCAUUUUACUUAAUUUUAAAACAUUAAAAUGUGGCUAGUGGCUGUUGUGUUGUGCAGCACAGUACACAACCUUCUUUUUCUUGUGUUUUAUAACCACCUGGGAAGGGUUUGAGCCAGUCAUGUGCUUGAUGUUCCAUGGUCUUCAUUAUUCUACUUGGUCUUUGAACUUGUGUCCCAGGGAAAAGGAAAAAUGGAAUCUUGGAACUAAAUUCAAGAUGUUAACUUGACAUCUAUACAUUGUAUGUAUUUCUGUAUAAAUGGAAUGAUCUCCUAGGAAUAGGUCCUGUGAUUGAUUUUUGUGACAAUUGAUGAUGGAAAAAUGGUGGUUGUAUUGGUCCACUUAACAUUCCUAGUGAAUAUUAUGUGUUCCUAGUCAGAGUGAGUCAGCAGGAAUCAUUUUGCUCUGUUGCACAAUUCAUUCUGGUUUAUUUUUGUAAUAUUGUGGCUGCUAAAUGAUUAUUCCAUGUGUGUUUUUCAAAAUACUUAGUGGUUUAUAUUUUUUAAAAGGCUGUGAAAUAAAAAAAUAUAUGUAACUCA